UUUUAUUUUUAAGAAGAAACUCAAAAAUUGGAACAUAUAAGGGUGUAACAAGGAACUGCGCAUGUGCAUGACUGGGUAACCCCUAUAUAAGGCCGAGCGCGCGUCGCCAAAAGCGAUCUAUCGAAAGCGGGGCUGCGAUUUUUGUCAUAGGGAACAUUCAUAAUUUUUUUUAUUAGUAUCAGUUACCUUAUAAAAAUUGUAUAUAUAGUGUAACUCAUACUCUUGAGCACACACGUUGUAAUUUUGCUUGUAUCAUUUGCGGAAAAAAUUAAUGUAAGAGGAGGGUAAAGUCAAAGAGAUCGUCACGAAUGUUCUCUUACCAUCGAAUUCGACUUGGCGUCGGUAAGCGUAGGUAAGCCAUAUGGUAUUACCGUCACGAGUGCGUGAGCCCCCAGCGGCGAUUGUUCGAUGGCACCGCCAUCGCGAGUGCGCGAGCACCUACCAAAAAUGAAUUGUUUCGGCCCUGAGGGGUAACAGGUGGCAAUUGCGUUAGUCGUCCGCAUCCUCCACCGGAGGGCAGCACAGGAAGCGAUCGCGCGACCCUACCCGUGAGCGAUCUCCUAACUCAUCUCUGGAGCCAAGUUUCGAGUCGCCAUGAUGAAAAAAUCUGGACGUUACCUAAACCUUUUUGUUAAAUACCUUUCAGCUUCCUAAAAAGACCGUAGUUGUUACUUUGCCUUUUUUUUUACCAAUGUGAACAGUACACAGUGUGUAAAAAGUCGCGUCGGGUAAUAAUCACCGGGAUAUCCGUGCAGGAUGCGGCGCGCCUUUCCGUCGCCGCCAUGUUUGCGCAGGCGCAGUGUACACAUGUCGGAUCUAUGGAGUCCCGCCGAUUGCCCGCGAUCUUCCUGCAACGAACAAGCCGAGCGUGCUGAUAAAGGAGCUGCCCGCCCCUCGAGUUUAAAUGUCGGCUACCAAACAAAACGUCGCGUUCCUGAUCUCUCGUUGAGACCGAAGGAUCGACCGAAGAGAUAUCGGUAGCAAGGCCCAGUGCGAAGGACGUGUCACCAGGAUGGACGAGGUCGAAGUAUUGGCGGACGUGGACAACGUUUGCCGGCUCUGUCUCUCUACGGAAGGACCAAAAGUCUCGAUAUUCAGCGUUCACGACUCCUCGGUGCCGCUUGCGUCCAAAAUCAAGGCGUGUCUGUCGAUAGAGGUAUUGUCAAAUGAUAAAUUAUCGACGCUAAUAUGUGCCCAGUGUGUCAAGAAUGUCAAUCAUUGGCACAAUUACAAGGAGUCAUGUCUUCGCUCGCAAGACAAGCUCCAACAGUGGUUGGAAACCCAGAUGUACAGAUCACCAUCGGUUAUAACUAUAAAACAAGAACCGAUGGAUGUGGAGUUUUACGAGGAUGCCAUUGAAAUCAUUUCAGAAUCUCAUAAUGGUGACUUUGAGAGAGAGGAAGUCGAUCUCGAAGGAGAUGUGGACGCAAUUGAGAUACUUAGACACGACGACUCGGUGGAAGAGUUUAUAGAUGAUGACGAUGACGAAGAAAUAGAAAUAGACAUUGGUGGUAACGAUUGUACAGCUUCUCCUCCGUCGUUGCCCAAGGAGCCACGAGUCGAACAACAAAUUUCCCCCAUUGUAAUCAAAGAUGAACAAGUACAAGAUUAUGACACCGAUUGUAAUAUAGAAAUUGAGUCUGUAACGGGUAGCGAACUGUUGCUUAAUCCAUUGGCUAUGGUUGUGAAUAGAAAAGAGCUAGUUAUGGAGGCAGAUUCGACUGAAAGGUCCAGUGGUCCAAAAGCACCGGCGAAGAAGAAAGCUCGACGUGGACCUCAUACGCAUUACAGAGGACCUCCGUUUAAACGAAAGUGCUAUCAGUGUCAAAUUACGUUACGUUCGAAGGGUACUUAUAUGAGGCAUAUGACCGAAUUCCAUGGUACCACCAAUCCCCUUCGUUUACCGGCUAUGCCAAGUCCUUCUAAAGCUUCGAAAUCAAAAGGUCAGAAGACUAAGUUGGACGGGCUGAAGAGACCACAGCACACCAGCACUCCAAUUAUGGAUCAGAAGAGAAACAAUCGUGAUAUGGUAAUGAACGGCGACAGAAGUUUGGAUGACGAAGAAGAAAUGAUCGAAGAUGUGGAGGACGAGUUAGUCAGCAUGGAAAAAGACUCUCCUCUGACAAAAGUUCAAGUUGACAUCAUCAGUCAACUGAAAACCUUCUCCUGUUACUCCUGUCAAUGCGACUUCCCUGACAGGCGAAGUACCCUCAACCACAUUCGCCAACACAUGCCUGACUUGCGACCGUACACGUGUAUCGCCUGCCUUACAGAGUUCCAAGAUAGUUCGAUGUACCAGUUUCACUGCGGAUCUUCCUUCGAAUGUGCGAUGAAGAUCGCAUUGGUAGUUCCUAGACAAGGUAGCGAAAAGUACUUUGUUUGUAACAUGUGUCUUCGGCCGAUGUUAAAUAGAAAGGAAUUGCUCAGUCACUUGUCAAAGCAUUCCGACAAACAGUACGAGCAGUUGACAACUCCGAUGAAGGAUCCACCCAAGUUAACUCCAAUGGUGCCGAUGCCGUCAAGAAACGAUUCCAACGUUGCGGGGCCUUACAAGAAUGGCAAUCCUGCAUUCAAUCACAUGUGCAACUUGUGUGGAAUGAUAUAUCGACAUAAGCCAAACAUGCUGAAGCACAGAGAAUUAUGUAAGGGGCUGCCACCCGAUGCCAGGACAUCCUACAAGUGUUCCUUCUGCGGAAUGACCUUCCUCGUAUUCAAGAAAUUCUACUCGCACACUACAUCGGAGCACAACACUCGUGACCUGCAUUGUUCUUGGUGCAGCGCUAAGUUCCGUUCUCCCAGCGAUUUCUUGAUGCAUCACGAGAAACACCGUAGCACCGUAGAAAACAUUGACACCGACGACGAAGACUCCGCGAGGAACGAGUCGACCAGGAACAAAUCCAGCGGACUGCAAAGCUCUUCCAAAAACUGGGAGACCUUCCACGAGGUCCAAUCGAAUAAAUCCAGGAGCACCUCGCAGAGGUACAACUGUGCCCUCUGCGGUCAGGAGUUCUUCACAAGGGCGGAAUUGGGAGAGCACAGGAAUUUGCACCUGAAGGUCAAGAUCUACUCCUGCGUGAUCUGUCGUAGCAUGUUUAGCAGCGCAGGUGCCUUGGAGAUACACAUGAAGGACCACGGUAUAGAGGAUCCCAACGAGAGGAACGCCAACAGCUCUUGCAUCGAGUACGACAGGACGGAGGACGCGAAGCCACGGGUGGAAAACAUGAAGCCAGUGUCUAAGACCGAGAUACAGAACGCCGAGUGUGAAUAUUGCGGCAAGGUCUUCUCUAAUUAUACAAACAUGAAGCGGCACAGUAAGAACAUUCACGGAGACCGCGAGCGCGUGUAUUGCUCGGAGUGUCCGAGAAGCUUCAAGAGGCAAAUCAUGCUCGACAAGCACGUCAAGGCAGAGCACAAAGUACUGAAAGGUUCGCUGCAGUGUCACCGGUGCAACAAGAAGUUUGCCUUCCAGGCGAACUUAAAUCUACAUAUAAGAAACGUUCACGAGAACUUGAACGAGGGUAGUUUUAAGUGCGACAUCUGCGACAGAAUUUUCGUGGAGGAACAGUCGUUGAAGACCCACAGGGGUUGGCAUUACCGAGCAAAUUCUCGUAUCAGUGUCGGUCCUUCCAUAAGUUUCACUCCUCUCAACAAGUCGGCUCCGGCUACGAUAACCAGCCUUGAGAAGGUGUCGCCUUCGAGGAAGACGGCCAAUGCCAGGCCAGCCAGAGCUAGGAAAUCCUUCCCGAACCCUCCGCCCCAAAAACCGUCGACCGCUCUAAAUCUGCAGUGCCAGGUAUGCGACGAAAGAUUCGGCGACGUCCUGGUGUUGCGAAAGCACCUCUGGGACGUGCACUGUGCCCGUAACAAGCAAGAAAAGGAGUUCCCGACCCAGGAGCUCCAAUGCAACCUGUGCACCAACAUGUUCCCCGACAAGGAGAGCCUGGAGCAACACGUACAAUGGCACAACCAGCACCCGAUCCUGAGCUCGGAAACCAAGGCCCAACACAAGUGCGAGACCUGCGGGAAGAACUACAGCACCCGCAAAACCCUGCUGCGCCAUCGAAAGCUGCACAAGGCCGUCUUCAAAGUCCCAGGGACCACGAGGAAAUUCCAGGCUCUGGCGAAGAAGCCUCCGAGUCCACAGUUUCCUUGCCAGGACUGUCCCAGGGUGCUGGCAACCAAGGCCGCCCUUCAGAGGCACAAGACCAUCCAUCGAUCCUACUCCCCGAAACAGCCGUCCCCCUCGUCGCCAUCCAGGAAGCGUUCCGUCAGUCAAGAGUCCACCUCGUUCAACCCGAAGAACAAGAAGAUAAAGGUGGACCUCGCGUCCAUUCUGCCCGUUCCGGCGGCCCAGAGGUAUUCCUGCAAGAUCUGCAAAAAGAACUACUCGAGUGGAAUAAUCCUGCAGAAACAUCAAAAGGACGAGCACCGCGGAACUCGUAGCAGAAGCCUGCCAUCGGUCCAGGUCAUCGAGGAGUGCAUGCCCGUGACGAACCUCGACGGUUCCUUCUCCUGCAACGUCUGCGGCAAGACCUUCCCCGGGAUUUCCAACGUGCGUCAGCAUUUCUCCAUCAAGCACAAGCCAGCGGCCAUGGCCGCUAACGCAUCGCAGUCUCAGUCCAAGCCUAAAUCCAGUCCUGCGAAGAGCAACGCCAAGACUUCGAAAUCCAGCCUGCCUACCCCCGAUGGUGGAGUCAUCAUGUACUGCUGUGCUUUCUGCGACCGCCACUUCUUCACCAGGGAUAUGGUCAUGGAGCACAUCUUCAAGGUGCACCACUCGAUCUACCAACCCGAUCCGAACAGUCCAGCGCCGUACAGGUGCACCAACAUCACCGCAUACGUCAUCAAGGACGCCAUCGACUCGAGAUCCUGUCCCGUAUGCAAGGUCCGAUACCCCAACACCAAGGCUCUCAAGAUUCACUACUUCAAGUACCAUGAUUUGUCGGCUUAAGGCUGGAGUAUCGGGGACAAGUACCAAGGAUACCACGAUGAAGGUAGAGAUCGUCUCUCCGUGCUUCCGCGAAACCGAGUGGAGGAUCAUCGGCGUCCGCUGACGAGGUUUUUUAGGAGGUCGAGAUGAGAGCCUAUCCGUUAAGAUUGCAUAGGUUCCGCAUGGAUUUAGAACCGAGUUAUAUAUUAUAUGUUCGUAUACGUUACAUAGGUCUUCGGUCCUUGGUUUUUCUACCGGGGUUCUUCCAAGUGCCCCGUUGCGGCGCGGAUCGUUCUUCGUUAGCCGGUCAUGUACCAGGGAUGAAGAGCGUAUCUUGAGGUAGAAUUAAGACGCAGAGGCCGGCGGGUCAAAUAAACUCCGCGAUGACUAGGAUGGUCGUUUCCUUAUUCGACUUUAACUCGAGUAACGACGUCGGCCUCGAGGCGCGUACUCCUUGACCAGGAACCUCGCCCCGAAGCGGACGCUGGAGGACCCCGAAGAAUGCUCCACCGUUUUGUCCAGCCCCGCGGUAUCGGACCCGACCACCGAGGAGUUCGAAUUUUGUAAAUAAACCUGCCCAAGGAUCCAGAGGAGGAUCAGGGAUCUUCGUCGCGAGGACGAACCGGUACAACGCUUCCCUGGGUCCCUCGCUGCUGCCCCGGGCAGCCCGUGGACGUUACGUCCGACGAGGUAUAGUCCACCCUAGCAGUUUUCUUAACUCUAUACCUACGAGGGGUACUCGAUAAUGUCAUUUCAAGAUGUCCAACCUAUGCACGUAGGUUUUGCCGGUCGCGCACCUUUCAUCUCGUUCUAGACUCGCGAUCAAUUUUGUAAAUGUUUUAUAAAUAUUCGUGCACGGUAUCUUUUCGCAAAUCAUGUACGAAGUCGAGCCGGAACGCGGGGGAGGGUCUUCCGACUUGUUCGCUAGGUUACUUACGUUCCCGGUUGCCGUCGACUCGUCGGUGAUACCUGUAUAAUGGGCGGCCGAUAAACGCGUCUCUGGAAUUCCUUGACGCCAAGAUUUGCGAGCGAUAAGCGGACACUUGGGCGCAUUUAAGAUUCGCGGGGUUUCGGAGGUCUCGUCAAUAUUUGUCCAAGUACCGGACCUUGCGGAGUCGACGCUCUUGUUUCACUUUUGGAUACUCAGAGGAUUGAAAUAAAGUGAUUCAGCCGGCUUUGUAUAAAUACUGGACCUCUUCGGUCGUCAACCUCCCCCUGGCCGAAUUGUCCGUUUAAUAAGGGGGUCUUUUUAAUGAUUCCGUUUACUCGACUCGCAAAAGGGAUUCCACGAGUCGCGAGUGGGAGAAGGGCUCAAGAAACAAACCCACGAGGUGCUCUUAAAUUUCAUCUUUUCCCUUUUCGUAUGAAUGCACAAAACAUUUUUAAUAUAAACUUAAAAAUUCGUACAACAAUAUGAAAAAUUAUAGACUAUUAUACACGUAUAUAUAUUUUUUUUGUAUGUAUAUAUAUAUUUUUAUAUCGUUACUUCUUUUCUCUUGUGUAUUUUUUCCGUUUUCUCGCGUUUUCUCUCGAAGGUUCUCGCAUCGAAUAUAUCAUCUUCAGGGGAGGCCAGAGCCUCCCCGUUCUUUUUUUUUCGCGCUAAGUUAUAGAAAUAUAAAGUUGACUGUUUAACGGACCUUGCCCUACGACUUACAAUCAAGGUGUUAAUUAUAUUAAUACUUCAAUAAUAAUCGAAUGUCGCGCGCGUGCCUCCGUAGAAAUAUCGGACCGCGCGUCCGCGCGAGUAUCUCGUUUCUUUUCCUUUCAUUUCCGCUUUUCUCGCGGAUCUCCACCCAAGCAAAGUAUACUCGCGCCUCGAUUACGUCAUUUUACGUGAUCACGAAUUACGCGACGCUUUUGCAGCUCGCAGGAUUAUUCGUGAAAGUGGCGCUCGAGAACCUCCUGUCUCCGGCUCUUCGCGGCCGCCAUCUUGGUUGCCCGAACGACUCGAAUGAUCCCACCGUAAUGAGGAUUUAUUAGUCUGUUUUUAUUGAACGUUCAAUUCCUUAACGAGAGGGGUCAAAAAGAAUUUGAAAAAUUCAAUCUUUUCUAAAGUCUCCUGAUUUGAAAUUCCGAGAAACGUGAAAAUCUUGAGCUCGGACGGGAGGCUCUCGUAGGCCGCUUUUCUCGCUCUUCUAAGUUCCAAAAAUACAGAGUUCUAACUUCGUGGUCUGUCUCGAAGCCCUCGGAGGGACUCUAAGCUUUCCUCGUAAGACUGAAGAAUUAGAACUCGGUCGAGCGCCACGGGUACUUCGAUCUCGACAUCGAUAUCGAGUAACGCCGACCUUCCUCGGUGCUCAACCGCGACUCCUCGAGUCGGAGCCCUUUCGACGAUCGUUCAUAUAUUGCGAGGUAACACCCUAGUUAUUCUACGUGUACGUACACCGAGUUACAAAAGUCACUAGAAUCAAACUGUAAAAUUACAAAAAACCCCUAUGCACUGCGCAACGUCUGCGGAAUAUCGAUCGACGGUUUGCGGGAUUAUUCAGACGGCUACAAGAUGGCGACGCUAGGAUCUCGAGAGCGGUUACAUCGAGUACACGUUCCCCUCGCUUCGUCGGAUACGCUCGCUUAAAAUUAACCGUGGACCGUGCCAAGACUUAUGUAACCCCGGGUAAUUUGACUAAUUACAAUUUGCCCUGAUGGCAAUGCCGGCGCAAAAGUUAAGUACGCAACGUCGCGGGGACAUUAGGCCGAAUCUCGCUGUCCUCGUCCGUAGUCUCGAUAGUCGUCCGCGACCUGAUAUGAAGACGCACGAAGGGUCAAAAGAUCGAUAACGACAACGAAAAGUCAUCGAUCGAACUCCCGUUCGCUAUCCCGGCUCCGAUUUAACGCAAAUGGCCUCUUUGGUGAUUACAAUUCCCCGGAUUUUAAUUGCGACCCAUUGCACGCCGUUACGGUUAAUGAUACAUAAAGGUGUGCACUUCGCGCGGUUAACGGCAAUCCGAGAGCUAGGGUCGAGGCGACGUCCCCCGGCCGUCGAAAACGGUCGCGCGACGCCCUUUUCGAGCCCAUCCAUUGACGCUCUAGGUAAAAAGGCGGGUCUAACGGACCCGAUGGCGAUACACUGACUAUUAUAAAGAGAGAUCAUAGUAGGGCACGACAUCGAUAAUUAACGGUGGUAACUCCGUAAAGGUAAUAGGUUACUCUCGCCUCGAAGGUCGCCGAAAGUGGUCUACGGCGAUAUUAUUGCGCAUAAAGAUAUUUCGUCGGUCUCUCCCCGCCCGCCUCGCGUCGCCCGAAAGACCUCUUUUAUAGAUCAAAGUGAGUUUCAAUCGCGACGGAAAUCAAGCGAGAAGCUCGAAUUUGCGGCUUUCAAAGACGUCCGAAGCCGAGCGAAAGGUCAGAAAUUGCCCUCCGAAAUCGCUCGUCGACUGGGACAAGUCGCGGGGCUUGAAAAGCGGCCAAAGGCCGGACUUCAAAGCGCCGACUUCGGCCUCGUCAAAGAUUUCGAGAAAAAAAAAUGCCCUACCCGACCGCGUAAUUUCUCGUAUCGAAGCUUUUCAUCCUACUCGACACCUGGAAAACCAAAUUAGAUCGUAUCGAUCCUAAUGGUGCUCGAAAUCAAUGCGAAUCGAGAAAUUUCCAAAUUUUACUUCCAGCUUCUCGCUUUUCUUGCGACGGGGACGAAAAAUGCAUCUCACCCAAACGUACGAAACUUUUUGUCCGUUUGGGGGAGAUCGACCCUUCCGUUCCUUCUUCGACCUUUCUUUUCCUCAUUUUCCUCAUUUCGCCAUUUUUUUGCUAGUCGAAGUCGCAAGUAUCGCGCACCCCUCUUCGCCUCGUCGCGUUCAUAGACAUAAAAACGACGCGCCUUUCACUUUCACUGCGAAUUUCCGCCGCGGAACCCGGAAACGCGGAAUUGUGGAAACGAUUCACGUCAGCCGAUUAACUCUUCUCGCGGGUAUUAAACAUUGUAACGCGACGAUCGCGACCGGGAAGUAUUUAUUUCCGAUCGAUCGAUCGGUCCUCGCGCCGAAGAACACGUACACCCGGGAUACGUACACACGCGGACAUACACAAACGCCGGGAAAAAUCGUAAAAUUAGACAACAGCUCGGUAGAAAAUCCGGGAUGCAAUUUCCCGUGACUAUCUCGAGGAAGAAAAAAUUGUGGUCACCUGGGAUCGAACCCACGCACCGUGGACGCACGGCACGAUCGUGCAAGGUAUACAGGAACUUUCUUAACAGGAAACAAAUGACUUAAAAUUGACUCGAUUAAACUAUCUCCUUCCGACCACGCGUCGUCAAAAAUAAGCGGAAUAAUUUCCGCUUAUUUUUUCCCCGUAGAAACGGCGUUCUCGCGUUACGGUGUAAUCGCAUUACGCCGAGUCGGCUCGCCGCGAUCACGGAGCAUUCCGAUUCGGAAAUCGUCUCCCUUGGAAUUUCCGACCGCGUAUCGUUCGAAAGGAGGAAAACGGGGAACGAAGGGUCCUUUUACGGUCCACCGCAAUUUUCGGGAACGAGGAAUUGGCGGUCGCUAAUCGCGAUAAGGAGAAAAGGGGUAUUUGUCGCGGAUAAAUACUCGGGAGCAGGGCCGACUUCCCGGUGGCCGUUUACGAGUUAACAGCGGCCGUAAAGCCUCCUCGUCUCGAGGGAAGGACCGAUCGUAAAGACGAUUUACAAAUUUACGAGCGGGGUCCUUAAACCGGAGGUUAAUGUAUGGACUCGCAUCCUGCUCCGCAGUUUCGGGUUCCUAAAUCGCGAACGAGUCGGCCGC